AUGAAAAAAAAUCGUUCAGCUGUAGCACCCUUUUGGUGCCUAACUGCUAUGUCGCAUGAAGGAGGCACGAGGGCUGGGAUACUGCCAGGUCGCUCAAGCCUAGACGGGGGAAGUCGAGAGACAGGGGUCGGGUUCGAACCGCGGACCUUCCAGUCAGUUCCUACAGCAAAACGCUUGGAAAUUUUGUAUAAUACGCAGUGGGAAUGCUUCGGACAUGCUCUUGAAAUUCGAUCACUUGGGUUGGUUCGUGGUGGGCACAUGCUGAAAACACAGGUUCUCGUUCAACGCUAG